GCGGCAGCGAUGGGCUCUCAGAUAAAUGGGCAAUUUGAUUCUCAUAAGACUUUACAAGCUUUGGUGUGGUAUGCUGCUGUUACAUUACUCUGCAGGGCGCAUGUGGAUAUAGAGACAAAAAUGAACCAAAAGGCAGAGGUGGGCAGCAAUGCAACCUUGAGAUGUGUCCUGAGGAAGCCACAUGACAUCAUACAAGUUACAUGGCAGAAGAAAACAAGCCCAUCCCCUGAAAAUGUGGCUACUUACCAGAAAAAUUCUUCAAAGGUUCAAAACCCAUACCGGGGGCGAUUAGACAUUACAGGCACAUCACUGGAUGAUACAGCCAUCACUUUUUGGGGAGUUAGAAUCCAGGACAAUGGAUGCUAUAAGUGCCUCUUUAACACCUUUCCAGCUGGAUCCUUUGGAAAGGAAACUUGCUUGACUGUUUAUGAACCACUCAGGAUAUCUGUCAGCUACAGCCUCUCUGAAGGUCAUCUGAUGGCCAACUGUUCUGCUAGUGGCUGGCCUCGUCCUACUAUCACUUGGCUUGGGCUAGAAAAUCAGAAUAAGAAGACAGAAGAGGAAGUCAGUGACCUGAAUGGAACAGUGCUUGUUACUAGUCACCUCUAUAUCAACAACUCUGAAAGCCUAGUUGGGCAAAAUCUCACCUGCAGAGCAAGUUCCAUGGAUGAAGACAAAAUCUCAUCUGUGAAAGUGGAAGGGAAAUGGUCACAUUCAGUUCCUGUAGCAGUUUCAGUAGUGUGUGUUGUCAUACUUCUGGUCGUGAUUCUGAUAGUGGUGUGCUGGAGGAGACACAAGACAAAGCAAAGUGGGCUCCCUUUAAAGAGAGGAGCAGCGAACUGACCUGCGAACUGACUAGCGAACUGCUUGCAAACUGUCCUGUUUGCUUCUCCCCAUUUGCUGCUGUUCACUACCAUUGGCUUCUAUUGAUGCAUUGUCUGUACCUUUUCUCUUACACUGGACUUCAUUCUUAUACCUGUCAUGCCCUCUGCUAUUAACUCUAAAAAUUUUUGGUUUACAAAUGCACACAUGCAUAUAAGAACAGUAUAUUUGUUAGUAAAUCAGCAGGGAAGACUUAGCAACUGAUAUUAGUAUGACAAAACUAAUUUUAGAGGCAAAAUUCAGACCUUUUAUUAUGGAGAAAUCCAGUGGUGCCAGAAAAAGCAGAGGGUUAAUUUUCCAAAGUUUCAAUUCCUUCAGUACCUGUGUAAUAGGGCUGCUGAUUUGAUUUGGAGGAGAUUCGGCCUGAUUCAGUGGAGAAACAGGAUCCAGGAGACCAAUUAAAUUAUUCAAACCGAUUAGAAGCUCUCUGAAUCAAUUUGGAAAAGAUUCAGAGAGCUUCGGCAAUUCAGGCAGUCCCCACUCGCUGCCACAGGGAGCUGGACCUGGAUUCCAUGCUGGUAGGUAGGGGGAGGGAAGCCUGGAGGAGUG